AUGAACGACGCAGGUGUCUCUAGGCAAAUCCAGCAGAUGGUGCGGUUCAUCCGCCAGGAAGCAGAGGAAAAAGCUAACGAGAUCUCUGUCUCCGCCGAAGAGGAAUUCAAUAUCGAGAAGUUACAGUUGGUCGAAGCCGACAAGAAGAAGAUUAGACAAGAGUACGAACGCAAAGAGCGCCAAGUCGAAAUUCGCAAGAUUGAGAUUGAGAGUUUAGUUUCUAAGCCGUAUUUUAUUUCAUCAUGUGGAAUACAGCUGAAUGCUUCCCGUAUUAAAGUUCUUCAAGCUCAAGAUGACGUGAUCAGUUCCAUUAAAGAAGCUGCUUCCAAGGAACUUUUGAACGUGAGUCAUCAUCAUCACGAUCAUGUGUACAGAAACCUUCUGAAAGAUCUAAUUGUUCAGGAUUAUGCUGAUAAAGCAAAUGUUGAUCCCCCAGAGAUCGUUGUUGUCAACCGAAUCUAUCUUCCACCCAGACCAAGUCAUCACAAUUAUCAUGAUAUCUAUUGUUCGGGUGGAGUGGUGUUGGCUUCUCAUGAUGAAAAGAUUGUGUGUGACAAUGCUCUUGAUGCACGACUCGAUGUAGUGUUCCGUAAAAAGCUUCCAGAGAUUCUUAUGAAAUUUCUUGUUUGUCGUUGCAGAUCCGAAAGCAGCUCUUUGGACAAGUUGUUGCUUGAAGAUUUUGCUUGUAUUGUUUCGUUGCCCCUGGAAUAUUUGUAUUCUGGAGCAAAAAACUUGCCUUUGACUUAUUCCUACCGUGCCAUUCUUCUCUGA